UUAAGGUGGCUUAUUUUUUGCAGAUGCAGUUUUGAGAGCGUGUGCAGGCAGACUAGGCUCGUCCUAAUAGCUGAAAGGGUAACGUUCCUUCAAACCUCGGGCAUUGCAGACGCCGAGCCGCCGACGCCCACCGUCGGCCAUCCCAAGCCCGUGAAGGGCCACCUCUACACGUGCGACAAGUGCAGUCACGUGACCGACCGGAGGCAGAACAUGGUCAUCCACCAGCGGACGCACACGGGCCAAGAGCCCCUGCAGUGCCCGCUCUGCCCCAUGACCUUCUCCCACAAGCACAUCUUGAUGCGCCACAUCCGAGGCCACACCGUGGACAGGCCCUUCCGGUGCCGCGCGUGUCCGGCUACCUUCGAGAAGAGCGACUACCUGGUGAUCCACAUGCGCACCCACUCGGGAGGGCGCCCCUACGAGUGCCACGUCUGCUUCAUGAGCUUCUCCCAGAAGACGGACCUGGUCGCGCACGUGCGGGGACACUCCAGGGACGCUCCGUACUGGUGCACUUUCUGCUCCCAGCCGUUCACCACGGGGUCUCUGCUAACGAGGCACGUGAUGAUGAGUCAUCCCGUCUAGUCCGGCCGAGCUUCUUGUCUGGAUCGAAAUUGACUUUAGGGGCCGUAUUCCGUUUGACUCGGAGUCCUACCGCAACAGACGCCACGAUCCAAUGGAACUG